AUGUCCCUGGAUGCCUCACCCCAGCUGCCCCUCCCCAAGGGCGUCUCGAGUCGCCUCGUUUCAACCCCCGAACUGACCUUUCACAUUCUCGAGGCCGGCGCCACUCCCAAUCGUGAUCGUCCCUUGGUGAUUCUGUUACAUGGUUUCCCCGAAAUCGCCUAUUCAUGGCGUCGAGUCCUGCCCCAGCUCGCCGCCGCUGGCUUCUACGCCGUAGCCCCCGACCAGCGCGGAUUCGGCCGCACGGUCGGCUGGGAUACACGACCGUAUGAGGACGUCGAUCUGCACAGUUUCUCAAUGACCAACCUGGUGCGCGAUGUGGUGGUUUUGGUGCAUGCGUUGGGCUAUCGGUCUGUUCGGUGUGUAGUGGGUCACGACUGCGGUGCCAUGACGGCUGCGACUUGCGCCCUGAUCCGACCGGAUUUCUUUGAAAGUAUUGUUCUGAUGAGCCAUCCUUUCAAUGGGAGUCCUAGUCUGCCUUUCAACACCGCGAAUGAAGGCAGUGUUGAGGAACAGGCUGCACCUGCAUCUGCAGCUGCAGCGCGGGGUGGAGGUGGUGGUGCCGAGGGUUCUGCUGCUGCUUCGGGUAUUCAUGAUGCUUUGGCGAAUGCUGGUCGCAAGCACUAUAAGUGGUACUAUUCGACUCCUCAGGCUGGUCCUGAUAUGUCGUGUCUCUCACCUGAGGAUCUGCAUCGCUUCUUGCGCGGGUACUUUCAUCUGAAGAGUGGUUCCUGGCCCGGUAACAAACCGCGUCCACUGUCAGGCUGGACUGCCGAGGAACUUGUCCAUAUGCCUGGAUAUUAUAUCAUGCCCUUGGAUGCAACGAUGCCACGAACCGUAGAAAGAGACAUGGCCGAUGAGCCGACAAAGGGAACGUCGUCGCAUUCAUGGCUGCCCGAGAAUGAACUUGCAGUUUACACGUCCGAGUAUGCUCGCACCGGAUUUCAAGGUGGGUUGAACUGGUAUCGUGUGUUUACUGCGCCGGGUGGUCGCUUCUCCAAGGAUUAUGAUAUCUUUGCGGGGAAGAAGAUCGAGCCUCCCUGUGCCUUUGUGUCUGGAAAGCUGGACUGGGGGAUCUAUCAGCAGCCCGGUGCGCUAGACAAGAUGACCGGUGGCGCGGUAUGCUCUGAUUUCCGGAUACUUCGACUUCUUGACGGAGUCGGUCACUGGGUUCCUCAGGAGGCUCCGAAUGAGGUUGCGCAGACGAUAAUUGAAUUGACCAAGAGCCUUGAUGCAUAG